CAUAAAUUUGGAUCUCAUCAAACAUUUGUCACCUACCUACAUUAAGAACAUCCUCUUGAAACGACAGUACUUAAACAGAUCCAAAAACCAAACAGGAUCCAGGACCAGGAACAGAUUCGAAGUGUACAAACAGAUUGUGCAGCUUUUUGGUCUUCUAGGAAGUACAGAUUUUGCAAUGGAUUCUCUGAUUGCUGCAAAUACCAACUUUGCCUUUGAUCUCUACACAAAGCUAAAAGAAGAAACUAAAAAUGAGAACAUAUUUCUGUCUCCAUUAAGUGUCUCAGUUGCUCUGAGCAUGGCAUAUCUUGGUGCUAGAGGCAACACUGCAGAUCAGAUGGCCAAGGUUCUGCAUUUUGACACAAAACGUGAUGUCCAUGCAAGAGUCAAGGAACUAAUGGCCAAUAUCAACAAACCUGAUGCUUCUUAUCUUCUAAGACUGGCCAACCGUAUGUAUGGAGAGGAAACCUUCAACAUUCUCAGAGAAUUUCAAAGCUCCAGCUUGAACUACUAUGAAGCAGAAGUGGCUGCUGUCAGUUUUCUAAAACACUCAGAAGCUGUCAGGAAUGAGAUCAAUACUUACGUAGAAAAUAAGACUGAGGGUAAAAUCAAAGAUUUGCUGCCAGAGGAUGCGAUUACUCCUCUCACUGUUCUUGUUCUUGUAAAUGCCAUCUACUUUAAAGGGAAGUGGAACAGCAAAUUUAAUGAAAAAGAUACGUAUGUAACCAAGUUCAAGAUGAACAAGAAUGAGUCCAAAACAGUGCAUAUGAUGUUCCAGGAGGAAAAUUUCAAUUUUAGUUAUAUUGCUGAACUCAAAACCAGUGUUCUUGAGCUUCCUUAUGAACAGAAGGAACUGAGUAUGAUCAUCCUACUGCCCGAUGACAUCAGUGAAAACACGACUGGACUGGAACAGCUUGAAGAGGCACUUGCAAACAACACUCUGCUCAAAUGGAUUAACCUGGAAAAUAUGAUGCAAAAGAAGGUUGCUGUUCAUCUGCCCAGAUUUAAACUGGAAGACCAGUUUAAUCUUGAAGAUAAACUUUCGGCAAUGGGAAUGAUUGAUGCCUUUGAUCAAUUAAAGGCUAAUUUCUCUGGCAUAUCUGAGAAAAAUAAUUUCUCUUUGUCAAAGGUUAUUCAUAAAUCCUUUGUGGAAGUUAAUGAAGAGGGCACUGAAGCAGCUGCAGCUACAGGAGUAACAGUGAUUUGCGAUUCUUAUCAAAUACCUCAAGAAUUUGUAGCAGAUCAUCCCUUCCUGUUUUUCAUCAAACACAACAAAACACAGAGCAUUUUAUUCUUUGGCCGAUACAGUUCACCAAUGGAUGAAGCUGUGGAAAUGGGGCCUCAGGCAACAUGAUACAGCAGGUUCAAAGCCACACACAAAUAAAGCAAGAGUGGAGACAGGUCAACUUCUGAUUCAGAAAGAUAUUUUGCAUUUCACUACAUUACAGGGAAUUUCUCAAUUACCAAUUGGUGAAUGGAGGCAAUCUGGUAUAGGGCUGAUUUCAUUUACCUGAGGAUGAUUUAUUUAACACAUCCUUCUCUUGCUGGUUACUCUUGUGUACUUAUUGUUGUUUUUAGGAAUUUGGUUUUCAACCUCACCUUCAAGGUGAGGAAUAAUUUUCUGCAUGCUUUGUUCACAGCAGAACUCUACAAACAAUUUAAAAACACAAGCAGGAACAUCAGCAUACUCCAAACGUUUUAAGAAGUUUUAGUUACACCUGGAUGUAAUUUAGAUUGUGCAGCCGCAUGCCACUGGGAAGCUAAACUUGCAGGAGAGAUGUACAGUAUACGAAGACAAAUCGAUUCCGUUUUGGUUUUCAUCUCACCAAUUUGUCUGGGGAAUUUCUAAAGCAUGAUAACAGUUAUGAUCAAUGUUUUGGAUGUAUAUCUGCAAAAGAACAAUGAAAAAACAUUGUCUUUUCCUUUAGGGUGUCCUGAAUUCACUUUAAUAAUGUGCCAAGUAAUGUCUGCCUCCGUUAUGGAAAUUUAAAAGAGCAGGAGUAGGUCCUCCUACCCUGGGCUUGCUCCGUCAUUCAACAAUAUUGUGGCUGAUCAUCCACUUUCUGCCUUCGCUUCAUAUUCCUCCAGCCUUUUAGUGUUAAGAAAUAGAUUCCCCUCCUUCCUGAAUAUAUUUUAAUAUUUGGCUGCACAGGCUCACCAUUCUCUCAGUGAAGAAAUUUCUCCCAAUCAUCAAGAUGAUGAUAGUAAUCCUCCCAGUGUCUGGUUUACCUAGUCUUAUUGGAAUUGUUAGAAGUCCUCAUUGAGGGGUCAGCGGUGGAAAGGGUGAGCAGCUUUAAGAUCCUGGGCCCAACACAUUGAUGCAAUUGCAAAGAAGACACACCAGUGGCUCUAAUUCGUUAGGAUUUUGAGAAGAUUUGGACUCUUGCAAAUUUCUAUAGUCGUACCAUGGAGAGCAUUCUGACUGGUUGCAUCACAGGCUGGUAUGGAGGCUUCUAUACACAGGAUUGUAAGAGGCUGCAGACGGUUGUAGACUCAGCCAGCUCCAUCACAGGCACAACUCUCCCCGCCAUUGAGGACAUCUUCAAGAGGCAGUGCCUCAAGAAGGCAGCAUCCAUCACUAAGGACCCUCACCAUCCAGGACAUGCCCUCUCCUUGUUACUACCAUUGGGGAAGAGGUACAGGAGCUCAAAGACCCACAUUCAGCUAUUUAGGAACUUCUUCCCCUCACCAUCAGACUUCUGAAUGGUCCAUGAACACUACUUUGUUAUUCCUUUUUGUGCACUAUUUACUUAUUUUGUAAUUUAUAGUAAUUUUAUGUCUUUACACUGUACAGCUACCGCAAAACAACAAAUUUCAUGAUAUACAAAUCAGUGAUAAUAAACCUGAUUCUGACUUUUUAACUUUUUAUGAGAACCCUUCUCAUUCUUCUAUAUUCCAGUCAAUAUAGGCCUAACUGACCAAUCUCUCCUCAUAUGGAAGUCUUGCGAUCUCAUAAACCUUUACUACAUUCCCACAAGAACAUCCUUCUUCAUACAAGGAGACAAAAACUGCAUGCAAAACUCCAGGCAGACAAGAUACAGCUGCAGCAAGAUAUCCUUGCUCCUGUAUUCUAAUUCUCUUGCUACAUAUCAUUUGUUUUUCUAACUGCUUGCUGUACCUUAACAUUUGCUUUCAGCUACAAGAUAAAAUACUGUCCACUUUUCUAAGUGAGUGUAGCUUCAUUGUUCAUGAAAAGCAAUACUAUCCAGGGAUUAAGCAGCUUGACUGAUUGGUAUCCCCUUCCACCACAUUACACAUUUAUUCCUACAACUAUGGGAACAUCACAGCUGUACUGUCAAUGGCAGCAAUCUACCAAGGUUUCUUUGACUACUAUCACAACAGAGGUAAUUGCACAGGAGCUGAGAAGCACACUGCUGAUAUUUGCUGGAUCAAUAUCAUGGAAUGUCCUACCAACACCUUCAGACUACGGACUUCAGCAUUCCAAGGUAGUACUCCACAUCACCUUCUCCUGCACCAGUGAGGAAGGGCCCAACUACAUUUCCUUCAUGUAUUAUGUCAUUAUCACCAAAUACAUAUCAUGCAAGAAAGUUCAAUGGACAAGCCACCCAAAUACCACGGCUACUAGAACAGCUUGAGGCUGGGUAUUCUGUGAUCACCUCCUGACAUCCCCAAACCUCAUCAUGAAGGGAGAAAUUGUGACUCAUCUUUCAUACUCUUGAUUUGCCUGGAUGGGUGCAUCAGGAACUCUCAAGCUGAUUAACAUAUUCCAGGAUAUGCUACUUAAUUGAUUGGCAUCCUGUCCACUUGCAAACAUACUUUCCCUCCACAAGACGCACUGUGGCUGCAGGCUCCUGUCUAUGUGAAGCAAUGCUGCAAGUAAGCAAAACUUCUCCUAAACACAAAGCCUCCACUAUUAAGUAGGCCUUGGGCAACAGAUGAAAAGGAUACCAUUACGGACUCAGUGAAAGUCCCUUUAAGAUAGAGAGUGUGUGUGUAUGUGUGUGUGGGGCAUGCUUACGUCAAUAGAAGAUAAAGGACGUAAUGACGUUGUUGAAGGAGAGAGAGAGAGAGAGAGAGAAGGGAGAGCGACACCAGCUUGCUAGUUUUCUCUAUCGAUGGAUGAGAAACAAUAACUGUGUCUGCCACUGAAAUCCAUGUUAUGGAAGUUGGAAGUAAUCCGGUGGAGUUCACUUUGUUGCUGACCUGUAGAAGGAAACAGGUAUUUGUGUGUGUGGACGACCACGAUUCGGAUGCUUUUCGGGGUGAGGAAGUCACUACCGAGUAAACACUGGAGUGUCGUUUGGGUUCCAUCGUGGAACAUUUGGAUUUCGUAUUUACUCUCUCUCUGUUUUUCUACAUCUACGUCUUAUCUUCUGACAACAGUGGUUGUUGAAGAAGCCCUUGCUCAUGUUUCACCUUAUGGCUUGCGGAACUGAACUUUAAGAACCAUUCCGGAACUGGGAGUUUUGGACUUUGCCACACACACACACACACACAAAGAGUUUAGUUUUGGGGUUAACGUUCAAGGUUU